AAGAAGGAAAAAAAAGAGAGGAGUUGUCACCAUGGUGCUAAUGAUCCUACCAGUUAUUGGAGCGGUGUCGGUGUCAGAGAGUCUGUUGGCGAUGGUGACGGUGUGCCUGGUCUACCUGAUUCUCAAGUGUUUUAACACCAAGAUUCCCGAGGGGCUUCGUCGGCUUCCCGGCCCGAAGCCCCUGCCCAUCAUUGGGAACGUGUUUGAGGUGGGCAGCCGACCUUACCUGAGCCUCACCGCCAUGAGCAAACGCUACGGCGACGUCUUCCAGAUCCAGAUUGGCAUGCGCCCCGUGGUUGUGCUGAGCGGCAGCGACACCAUCCGCCAGGCUCUCAUCAAGCAAGGGGAGGAUUUUUCGGGCCGACCCGACCUGUACAGCUUCCGGCUCGUCAACGAUGGCAAGAGUCUGGCCUUCAGUACGGACCAGGCCGGCGUGUGGCGCGCCCGCAGGAAGCUGGCCUACAGCGCCCUGCGCUCCUUCUCCACCCUGGAGGGCACGACCCCAGAGUACUCCUGCAUGCUGGAGGAGCACAUCUGCAAAGAAGGGGACUAUCUGAUCAGACAGCUGAACACCGUCAUGAAGGCGGACGGCAGCUUCGACCCGUUCCGCCACAUCGUCGUCUCUGUUGCCAACGUAAUCUGCGGCAUGUGCUUCGGCCGGCGCUACAACCACGACGACCAGGAGCUGCUGGGCCUGGUGAACCUCAGCGACGAGUUUGGACAGGUGGUGGGGAGCGGAAACCCCGCAGACUUCAUCCCCCUUCUCCAGUACCUGCCCAGCAACACGAUGAAGAAGUUCAUGAGCAUCAACGUCCGCUUCAACGCGUUCGUGCAGAAGAUCGUCACCGAGCACUACACCACCUACGACAAGAAUAACAUUCGUGACAUCACAGACUCCCUCAUCGAUCACUGUGAAGACAGGAAGCUGGACGAGAACUCAAACAUCCAGAUGUCUGACGAGAAGAUCGUAGGAAUCGUCAACGACCUGUUCGGAGCCGGUUUUGACACCAUCUCCACAGCCCUGUCUUGGGCGGUGAUGUACCUGGUGGCUUACCCAGAGAUCCAGGAGAGGCUUUAUCAAGAACUGAAGGACAAAGUGGGUCUGAAUCGCAGUCCUCUCCUCUCUGACAAACCCAACCUACCCUCCCUGGAGGCCUUCAUCCUGGAGCUCUUCCGCCAUUCUUCCUUCCUGCCCUUCACCAUCCCUCACUGCGCGACGAAAGACACAUCUCUGAACGGCUACUUCAUUCCCAAAGACACCUGUGUGUUUAUCAAUCAGUGGCAGAUCAAUCAUGACCCUGAGCUGUGGAAGGAUCCAUCUUCCUUCGACCUGGACCGCUUCCUGAGCGCUGACGGCACCGAGGUCAACAAGCAGGAGGGGGAGAAGGUGAUGGUGUUCGGCAUGGGGAAGCGGCGCUGCAUCGGUGAGGUCAUCGCAAGGAAUGAAGUCUACCUCUUCCUGGCGAUCAUUGUCCAGAGACUGCACUUCCACGCCAUGCCCGGGCAGCCGCUGGACAUGACCCCGGAGUACGGCCUCACGAUGAAGCACAAGCGCUGCCACCUGAGGGCCACGAUGCGAGCCAGGAACAAGGAGUGAAGCUAUUCAUUAUCUUUGAAAUUUAUGACUCAAUGUAAGCUGACUCUUGACACUGUGAGGCUCAGAACAACAGGCGGUGAGAGAAGCGUCUUUCUCAGAAUGUAAGGCACAACAUGCCAAAUUUAAUCCACAGAGCUAGCGGCAUUAACGCGGAGAGGUGAAAUGUGCUUUUUGCAGAUUGUCAGAGAUGUUUUUGGUUCUCUCAGAGAUAUUCCUGCACAUUGUUGGUGCCUCUAAGACGAAUAAGGAAAUGUGGUUCUCCUGAGUUGUGCAUUAAAGUUGUGAAACGCUGCCUAGUUUGGGAUGCGCAGCAGGUUUCACUGAGGCAUUAUUAUUUAGGCUAUUGCAACCUAAAUUCCUUCCUUCUGUCACACAGGACUCUGAACUUAACUGAUAGUACCUUAUGAUACCAUUUACACUUGUAAGCUAAUUAUUCUGAUUCCAUUAUAAUGUGGAUUUAAGACACUGAAGCUAUAUCUGUAUCCCAGAAUGUGAUUUUUUUUCGUGUGUAUAUCAAGCUAUUUCUAUUGUUUUUAAAUACAUUUUUAUGUGCCUAGCGUUUGUAUAUAUUUGAGGUGAGAAAAGUUUCGCUCUGCAUCUUCAUGCCAAAAGAGUUGCAGUGAUUUUCUUUGGAAUAUAUCAGUAGUACAAUUUUUUUGUAUUUGUAUCUCUAACGUAUGGACGAUUGUAUAACAUGUAAGGGCAUUGGAUCGGAGCGUCCUUUAAUCAGCAACACAAAUAAAUAUGUUGGAAGAUUGA